AACCAAAAGUAUACCCCCAAAAAUUUCACCUCCUUUCUCUCUUCCCUCUCUUUUCUCUUCUCAUUUCUGCAACUUUCUGCAGAGAGAGGGAGAGAGAAAGCGAGAGAAAAUACGAGAACAAACAGAAAGAAAGAAAUUAAAAAUUCUUUUUUUUUUUUUCUUUACAAAUUUUCUUGCAAGUCAAAAGCAAGAAAAAAAGAAAGAAAGAAAGAAAGAAGAAAGGAAGCUGGUUAAAGAAAGAUUGGAAAAUAUUUAAGGGAUUCAAGAUUUUUAACAAUACCCCUAUAAAAAUUGACCUUUUAUCUUAAAUCUACCAGUUUUUAUUCUUUUGGAUAAUUAUUGGUGGCUUAAGGUAUUUAUCUACGUUUCCUCACAUGCAAAAAAAGCCACGAAUAAGGGUUUUCAUUUGCUGGAAAGAAUUGCCUUUUGAAUAUCAAGAAAUUUUAAAUGUUUUUUCCUCUCCAUUUUUAAUAAAAUGGAAGGAGUAUCUGAUAAUGUUCAUGGAGUUAUAUUAGCUAUAUCAUCCAGUGUUUUCAUUGGGUCCAGCUUUGUUAUUAAGAAGCAAGGUCUAAAAAAAGCUGGUGAAAACGGGAAACGAGCAGGUUCAGGAGGCCAUUCCUACUUGUUGGAACCUUGUUGGUGGGCUGGAAUGUUAUCUAUGAUUAUUGGAGAGGGAGCUAACUUUGCUGCUUAUGCAUAUGCCCCGGCAAUACUUGUGACACCCUUAGGGGCUUUAAGUAUGAUUGUCAGUGCAGUGUUAGCCCAUUUUAUUUUGAAGGAGAGGCUGCAUAUCUUUGGUAUGGUUGGUUGUCUCCUCUGCGUGGUUGGAUCUGUCAGUAUUGUCUUACAUGCCCCAUUAGAGAAGAGUAUCCAAUCUGUCAAGGAUGUCUGGUACCUAGCAACAGCGCCAGGGUUCCUCACCUACACUUUCACAGUUCUGGUGCUGAUACUUAUCCUUAUUGUCCGGUUUGUGCCUCGUUAUGGGCGGUCGCAUUUGGUUGUCUACAUUGGUAUCUGUUCUCUUGCGGGUUCUCUCACGGUUAUGGGUGUCAAAGCAAUUGGAAUGGCUAUAAAGCUCACAUUUAGAGGACAAAAUCAAUUUAAGUAUUUUGAGACAUGGUUUUUUAUAAUUUUUGUCCUCAUCUUUUGCCUUGUGCAGCUGAACUAUUUGAACAAGGCACUUGACACAUUUAAUACCGCUGUGGUUUCCCCAAUAUACUACGUCAUGUUUACGACACUGACCAUUGUUGCAAGCAUGAUAAUGUUUAAGGACUAUGUUCAUCAGAAUACGACACAGAUAGUUACAGAGUUAUGUGGUUUUGUAACUAUCCUCUGUGGUACUUUUCUCCUACACAAAACCAAGGACAUGGGAAGCAAUCCAUCCAAACUAUUACCAGUUCUCCGUCCAAAAACAGAAAAUGAUUGUAAGCAAACAAGCGAUGACAACAACAACAACAUACCCAGUGCAAUCCCACAAGUGGGGUCUGGGAAGGGUAGAGUGUACGCAGACCCUACCCCUACCUUGGGAGAUACAGAGGCGGUUUCCGAUAGAACCACGGCUCGUAAGCAAACAAGUGAAACCACAAAACUUACAGUUGAGGUUUGA